CUCGUGUAAAAGGAGUCUAAGGAUCGUGGUUAAAGAAUAAAAGGGUCUUGGAGAUGUCAGGCCGGCCUAGGACCACCUCAUUUGCUGAGAGCUGCAAGCCAUUGCCGCAGCCUUCAGCCUUUGGCAACAUGAAAGUCAGCAGAGAUAAAGAUGGCAGUAAAGUUACAACAGUUGCUGUGACCCCCGGUCAGGGUCCCGAUCGACCUCAGGAGGUCAGCUACACAGACACAAAGGUCAUCGGGAACGGGUCAUUUGGAGUCGUAUAUCAGGCAAAGCUCUGUGACACUGGUGAGCUGGUGGCCAUAAAGAAGGUUCUACAGGAUAAAAGAUUUAAGAAUCGGGAGCUACAGAUCAUGAGGAAAUUAGACCACUGUAACAUUGUACGUCUGCGGUACUUCUUCUACUCCAGCGGAGACAAAAAGGAUGAUGUUUAUCUGAACCUGGUCAUGGACUACGUGCCUGAGAACGUGUACCGAGUGGCCAGACACUACAACAAAGCCAAGCAGAAUCUGCCCAUGGUCUAUGUGAAGCUGUACAUGUACCAGUUGUUUCGUAGCUUGGCGUACAUCCACUCAUAUGGGAUCUGCCAUCGGGACAUCAAGCCUCAAAAUCUUCUGCUGGACCCAGAAACAGCUGUACUCAAGCUCUGUGACUUUGGAAGUGCUAAACAGCUGGUACGCGGUGAGCCUAAUGUUUCAUACAUCUGCUCGCGGUACUACAGAGCCCCUGAGCUCAUCUUUGGAGCCACAGACUACACUUCCAGCAUUGACAUUUGGUCGGCUGGCUGUGUACUGGCAGAGCUGCUGUUAGGGCAACCUAUUUUUCCUGGUGACAGUGGUGUGGAUCAGCUUGUUGAAAUCAUUAAGGUUCUGGGUACUCCUACACGAGAACAGAUUCGGGAGAUGAACCCAAAUUAUACGGAGUUCAAGUUUCCACAGAUUAAGGCACAUCCAUGGACUAAGGUUUUCCGGCCACGCACCCCUCCGGAGGCGAUAGCUUUGUGUUCCCGGUUGUUGGAGUACACACCCACGUCCCGUUUCACUCCUCUUGAGGCCUGUGCUCACACUUUCUUCGAUGAGCUCCGAGAGCCCACCCUCAAGCUCCCGAACGGAAGAGAGAGGCCUUUGCUGUUUAAUUUCACUACACAGGAGUUGUCCAGUAACCCCUCGCUGACCUGCGUACUCAUCCCAGCGCAUGCUCAGAACCAGGCUGAAAACUCCACUCAGUCCGCCUCGGUUGCAACAGGUGCCAACAGUGCCGAUCGUGGUCUGAACACCAACGCUGCCUCUUCCACCCUGACUCCUUCAACUUGAACCCCAACCACCCGUCAGUGGGCCAAUUACACGCAGCUGCUUAUUAACCAUGCCCACCCUCCUGAGUCAUGGGUGUGGCUAAAACAAAACCUAAAGCUCAUGAUAUGAAGAAUGCAUCAACCAAAUUUCCCCCCAGCCCCGUCUCAUUGUCUGUUUUUAUUCUUAUUGUUAUUUAUUUGCUCUAAAUGACUGUAAACGAGGGCUCAAGUGCUUCGCCUCAGGACUGUCUGCGAAGAUGUCUGAUUAUUCUAUAUACUAAAUAUACCCUUAUAUAAAAAGUUACACCUACAAGUAUGUUUUCACAUGUGUACUUUGACAUCUUUUUAUGGAAAUCUGUAAGCUGUUGCCAAUGCUUCUUUUAUAACCGUACCAACAGAAGAGUUGGCAUCUACCAUUCUGGCCUCUGCCUGGCAACCAAUGCCCGUCAGUACCUGGUCUACAGGCACAAACGAUGGCUGCCCAGGUGAACAGAGUAUGGUAGUGCUGGCAGGAAGUUUGAGAUAUAGAAAAGCUGGUCUUUGAUUGGCCGGUUCAGUCGCAUGGACAGAUUUCCAGGACUUGUGCACAUUCUGUAGGCUGUAUGUGAAAUACAGUAUAUGCUAAUGACAUUUGCCUUUUCCCUCCGUAUUGGGUGGAUAAGUUGUAUGCUUAAACCUGUAUGCUGCUGUGUACCUCUUUAUUUUAAACCACUUUUGACUGAGUAAUACACUCCCUCCAUUUCCUCUCCUCUACCUGCUCGUUUUCCUCCUCCCCAUUUAAUAAUCACUAUGUACUUCAGUGAACUCUACUAAAGUACUGUUUCUCGACACACAAAUUCAUUUUCUGUGAGCAAGUGUGUGUGUGUUUGAGCAUGCUGAUAAUGAUCUCUUUAUAAAUACGAAAAUGCAAUGAAAAAGAGCACGAACAAAGUUACCCCAAAAUAGUUUACUCAAGAAUGAAAAUCAUUUACUCAUCCUCAUGUCUUUCCAAACCCAUGACUUACUUUCUUAAGUAGAAAACCAAAGGCGUUACUCUGAAGAUUGUACUGGUUGCUCUUUCCAUGCAGUUAUAAUGAAUAGGGACUGAAGUUUUGAGCUUUAAAAAGAACACAAAAUUACCAUAAAGUAUCAUAAAAGAGGUCCAUGUGACUUAUGUGCUAUAUUCCAAGUUUUGGGAAGCCAUACGAUAGUUUUGAGGAACAGAACAUUGAAAUUGUUCUAAUAAUCUUACCCUCCAGUCAGCCGUAAACCGUCACGACCACAUCUAAUAAGUAGUUUAGAACCGGCACAAUCAGUCUGAUUUGCGAAUCAUUCAGACCGUUUUUGUAAUGAGUCUCAUAUGAAUGUACCAAGAAGAGCUAGUGCGGAUGUCAAGAUUUUCAGUGAAUAACUCAAAUCUUUUAGUCUCUUUCUCACACUAAGCUAUUGUAUGGCUUCAGAAGACUUGGAAUACAGUGCACAAGUUUUAUGGACCACUUUUAUAAUGCAGUUCUUAGCUGUUGGGUCUUUUCAUUGUAAUAGCAUGGAAAAGAGCGACUAGCAGACUCUUAUAAAUGUUGUGUUCUUACCAAGAUAGCCAUUCGUGUUUUGGAAUGACACGAGGGUGAGUAAAUGAUGACAGAAUUUUUAUUUUUGGGUGUACUUCUACUUAAAAACUGAACAUGUGAACUGAAUUCCUGCUCUCUCAUAAACCACAAAUCCCAGCUUGAAGGAAAGAGGUCCUUGUUUAGCACUAUCUGAAUUCUCGAAAUUGUCUCCUCUGUAUUAUUCGUGUUCAACUUUAGCGGGUAUGAGUGGCUGAAAACACUAUGACAGGAAAGGAGCACUACUAGGACACUAAAAGAAGAUGAGAACACUUUAGGGUACUUCUGUGGCCAUUUCUUGUUGUUUUUAUUGAUCACGUGGUCUUUAGUGCCCUCUAGUGUUAGUGGAGAUAUACAACCGAGGUUGAUGUAACAACUGUUUGUAGUUUUCUCUUAUUACGGUUCUGAAUCAGUAAAGAAGAGCAAGUGUAGGAAGUAUUCAAAUAAUCAUUUGUUUAAAUAAUGUAUGCUUGAAUUUCAGCUGCUGAGCUCUUGUUCAGUUGAGCGCUCACUGUUACAGGGUGUUUUUCAUUUUGUGUUUUUUUUUUUUUUUUUUUUAUAUAUACUUUUAACUUAAAAAAAUGAGACUUUUCUGAAGGACUUUGUCUUGUCGGCCCUCUUGUUUAAGGACUUUGUUGUAUAUUCUUUUAAUUGUUAUGGAGAAUAUUUUAGGGACAUAUACAGGGUUUUCCUAUCGGGAAUAUUAUGAUCAUGCAUCAACAGUAUUGCGUACAAUGGAAAUAUAUAUAUAUAUAUAUUAUUAUUAUUUUUUUUUUUUUUUGCAGCUGUAGAAAACGUUCAGCAGCAAUUAAAGGGCCACAUAGCACUUUUUUUUUUUUUUUUUAACACUUACUUAAAUUAUAUGUUUUCAAAGUAUACAUGCUUGCACAAACAGCCUGUACUGUAGGCAGCCAUAUUGCUUCACUGGUUUCUUAGCAUGAUACCUCCCAGUGACUCGUAUUUAAGAUGAACAUGAGAUACAGUAUAUGAACUGAAAAGGAUAAUAGAGGAAAUAUUAAUAUAUUAAUGCAAACGAUAUGAUUCAGACCUAUAAUAGUCAACCCAACAGCAAACGGAACUCCUAAAACAUUACUAUUACUAUGUCUUUGUUCAUUUUUUUGUACUGUAUAAUUUCUCCUCCAUUGAAGGUAUGCUAAAGGUCUCUUCUUGUACAUACUCAUUGUGCAUUCUGUCCCUUGUGUGUUCUGGUUCAGAGAAGUAGGCACCUGAUACUGUACUGCAUUGAAUAAAGAGUAGGUUAGCCUUGAACACUUUAAACUGUUCACUAUCUCGUUAUUGCGUAAUGUCUCAGAAUUAGAUUUUAAUGAAUUACAGUUUUGCUCACGGUCAUGACUUUUAGCUGCCAAUGUAUGUUGGCAGUGUUUGCUAUUGAGUUUAUGUUCGGAAUUGCACAAAUAAACUCUUGAGUCAAUGUUGCUGUCCGAAUAGCGUUUUUUUUCUAGUGCCACAGAGACACAGUAUUUACAGUUUUUGAAAAAAUAAACAUAGAAUGGCUUACUUGUAGUUUUCUCUGCAUAUUAAACUGGGAUAGGAAAAAGUAUAAUGCCAUCUAAAAAGUUAUUUCUGCAUUAAAGGGAUAGUUCAGCAUUUAAGUCUCUUAUGAUUUACUCGCCCUCAUGCCAUCCCAGAUGUGUAUGCCUUUCUUUAUAGAAUAUCUCAGCUUUGUAGGUCCAUCCAAUGCAAGUGAAUGCUGGCCAGAACUUUGAAGGUCCAAAAAGCACAUAAAGGCAGCAUAAAAGUAAUCCAUACCACUCUAGUGGUUAAACCCAUGUCUUCAGAAGCGAUAUGAUAUAUAGACAUAAAUAACAGAUCAAUAUUUAAGUCCUUUUUUACUAUAAAUCUCUACUUUCACUUUCACAUUCUUCUUUUGUUUUUGGCGAUUCACAUUGUUUGUUCAUAUCGCCACCUACUGGGCAGGAAGGACAAUUUAUAGUACAAAAGGACUUAAAUAGUGAUCUGUUUCUCACCUACACCUAUCAUAUCACUUCUGAAAAUAUGGAUUUAACCA